UGUUUUGGGGUCCUUGCGGUAGUUCCUGGUCCACGUAUGAGCCAGAUCCAAAGCAAAUACUUAGCUAACAAAGAUUUACCAGAUAAUGUGUAAAUGUGACACUACAGUCUAUUGUUGAUGAUUAAUCCCGGCUUAUAAAUCGUCUGGGAUAUUUGUAAUUUUGGACGUCGUUGUUGUUAUACGGAUGCAGAAUGUCUUGGUUCGCCGACCUGGCAGGGAAAGCUGAAGACUUCCUGAAUAAAGUGGAUGCAGGAGCUGCCAGCCUGACCAAACCCCAAGGCCGCACCUCCUCCUUCUCCUCAGCCUACGAUGCUCCUGACUCCACCGACAACUCUCAGUACAGUAGCACCGGCACUGGCUACAGCACCAACACAUCAGAGACACAGCAACACCCCUAUGGGAACUCCACCUCCCACAAUGCAUCAGGAUCUGGUUUCAUUACUGCAGCUGCUGGCAACAUCAAGAAAUCCAAAGGCUCCCUGUUGACUAGCUCAGCCACCGUCUCCACCACCAGCACCCUUCCCCUGGGGUCUUCCAGCACUGCUUCCUCCUCCAGCUCCAUCAAACCGUCCUCCAGCUUCGUGAGGCCCAGUAAGAAGAGUCAGAGUGAGCAAGAUGUGGAUGAUGACCUGUUGUUUGACUUCCUUAACAGCUCAGACCCUCCGGCCAAUGAGAGGAGGGAGGUCAGACCCAGAGAUCCUCUCAGAGUGUCUCCUGAAGGAUCAGGCUCCCCCCAGCCAGCACCUCCUGCCUUGGCAGCUGCCCCCCUCAUGGUCCCCUCUGCCCCCUCCACGCCCCCCUCCCUACGGGGCAUGUCUCGUACCUCCAGCUCCUCCAGCUCUCUAUCCACCAGUACUCACAGUGCCAAAACAGGGGGUUCAGAGGAUGGCUCUGCCAAAGAAAGUCAAGACACACCUGAUGGUUCUGAUUCUGGGUUGGCUGUUCCCCAGUCUAUCAGCUACCUAUCAGAGUCUACACCCACAUACAAGGCCCCUCCCCCAGCCCAGGCCCCGCCCCCUAUAGUGGAGCAGCAGAGUCAGAUGAUGUCCAGUCUGCGUCUGGAGAACCAGCUACUGAGGUCAGAGGUCACCUCCCUCAACCAGGAACUGGCCUCCAUCAUCCAGAGAGCAAAAGACACUCAGGAGGAAUUGAACCAGGCACGGUUACGCACAGAGAAGUGGAAUUCGGACCAGUCUCGCACAGACCGCACGGUCAGGGAGCUGCGGUCGCAGGUUGAUGACCUCACAGAGGCCCUCAGUGCUAAGGACGGGCAGUUGGCUGUGCUGAAGAUCAGGCUAGAUGAGGCAGAUCAGUUACUGAAGUCACGGAGCUCUGCUCUGGAGGAGGCACAGACUGAGAGGUCCCGGAUCCUCCAGGACACCACGGAAGGAAGCAGUAUGCAGUCCCAGGCCAUGACGACCAUGCAGGAGAGACUGAGGGAGGCAGACAUGGCCCUACGCAGGGAACAGGACAGCUACAGACAGAUGCAGAGUGAGUUUGCGGCGCGGCUGUCCAAGGUGGAGGCGGAGAGGCAGACGCUGGCGGAGGCUGUGACGGGUGCCGAGAGACGGGCGUCGGAGGAUAGGCACCGGGUGGAGGACCUCCAACAGCAGCUGAAGAAUGCCAAGCAGGAGUUACAGGACUAUAAACACAAGGCCUCCCGCAUACUACAGUCCAAAGAGAAGCUGAUCAGCAGCCUGAAGGAAGGGUCAGGCUUGGAUGGGCUGGAGGGAGGAGGAACAUUAGCUCUGGAGCUUGAGGAGCUCAGACACGAGAAGGAGCUGCAGAGAGAUGAGAUCCAGAAACUACAGGGACAGAUGCAGACGCUCCGUGCUGAGAUACAGUACUUGGAGGUAGCAGCCCUAACUGAGGCAGAGACAUGGAGAGAGCAGCAGCUGGAAAUGCAGGAGCAGCAGGCCAAACAGACCAGAGCCAAGCAGGAAGUGGAGGCCGAGGUGGAGCGCUACAAACAGGAGCUGCAGUAUGCUGAGGAAGAAAGCCACCGUGCCAAGACCACACUGCAGAGUCGCAUCAAGGAUCGGGAGGAUGAGAUGCAGAAGCUCAGGAACCAGUUGACCAAUAAGGCUCUGAGCAGCAGUAGCCAGGUGGAACUAGAGAGCCGGUUGCACCAGCUGACCGAGACGCUGAUCCAGAAACAGACCGUGCUGGAGUCCCUGGGAACAGAGAAGAGCUCACUGGUCUUCCAGCUAGAGAGGCUGGAGGCGCAGCUGAAGAGCGUCCAGGGAGGAGGGCAGACCGGGGGGCCGGCCAUUAACAUGAGCAGCAUGGAGAGCCCAGGGACACGACAGAGGAAUGCACCAAUCCUGUUCAACGACCAUGAUAGUCCAGGAGUGUAUGGCCAGGUACGGAAGGCAGCCAGCACCAUCGACCGGUUCAGCAUCCGAUUAGGAAUCUUCCUGAGACGCUACCCCAUGGCUCGGGUUUUUGUAAUACUGUAUAUGGCGCUACUGCACCUGUGGGUCAUGGUUGUCCUGUUGACCUAUUCACCAGAGAUGCACGAGAUCCACGACGUUCCUGGAGGGAGAUAGAACAUGAAUGAUGUCAUAAUAGAUAUGUUGUUGUGAUCUGGGGUAAGGUGAAGACGUGUUCUCCUUGUCGUCGAAGACUAGCCUGGUGCCAGAUCUGUUUCUGCUGUUCACACCUGCCUACCAUGCACGCAACUUUAGGUCAAAGUACGCUGGUAUGAAGAAGAAAAAAAAAACGACCC